AUGUUUAUGAUGGCAUGGGCAAAGGAAGAAAGAAUGGAUGAUGAAAACAAGGAGGGGAGGAAUGAUAUUGCCUUACUGCAACUGAAACCCCCAGCCACAUAUAAUCAGUUUAUCAAGCCAGCAAACUUGCCAGACAAAAAUGUUAUUCUUCCCAAGGAUCAUCCUUGCUAUAUCACUGGCUGGGGAAAGACUCAGUUUAACAGUGAUGUAUCUGAUGUUUUACGAGAGGCCCAAGUCUCAGCUGUGGACCAUGCUACUUGCACUUUGAGUGACUGGUGGGGUUCUAAUGUCUUAGAAACUAUGGUGUGUGCUGGUGGUGAUGGCAAAAGUGCAGCUUGUCAGGGAGAUGCAGGUGGUCCCCUGAACUGUCAGAGAUCUGAAACAUGGGAGGUUCAUGGCAUUGUCAGUUUUGGUUCCUAUCCAUUCUGUAACAAACUCAAGAAGCCGACUGUUUUCACCCGAGUAUCUGCUUAUGUUGAUUGGAUCAACAGUGUAAUGAGUGAAAAUGGUGGACCAUAA